UUGAACAAAGAACCGAUUCUUUCCCAAACGACACAUUAAUACUAGCUCCCAAGGUUGAAGGUCGCAGAGACAGAAUAUCUUCUAGAUUUUGCUAAACGGAUAGUGGAGGAUACUGACAUAACGUUGCUUUAAAUAUUUAAACUUUGGUUGUAAAUAUUUAUAACGUCUAAAAUGCCUAGAGGAAGUCGCAGCCGAACUUCGAGGAUGGCUCCUCCAAGCUAUUCCUCCCGUCCGGCGCCACCUCCACCGGUGGCCAGAGUACCAUCUCCACCAGUGGCCAGAGUAGCACCUCCACCAGCUCCUGCAUCUGCUGCGACUGUGCCUGCUGCAGCUGCUCCUAGACAGCCAGGUAUGUUUGCUCAGAUGGCCAGCACUGCAGCAGGUGUCGCGAUCGGCUCCGCCGUGGGACACACGAUUGGCCAUGCUAUGACAGGUGGCUCCAGCGGUGGUGGAAACUCUGAGGCCUCCAGGCCUGAUAUCACCUAUCAGGAGCCUUAUCAGCCUCAGGACACGUACCAGCAGCAGCAGCAGCCCAUGUAUCAGCAGAAUCCCUGUGCCUAUGAGCUGAAACAGUUCCUUGAAUGUGCGCAGACACAGAGUGACCUCAAACUGUGUGAAGGGCUCAGUGAGGUGCUCAAACAAUGCAAAUUCUCCAAUGGUUUGCCCUGAGACUGGAAUGGAGACAUCACAUAGGACUAUUCUUAAUUUCCACACAUACAUAACAGCAAGGAGAACUUUCAAAAUGCAUUGUAGGAGUUGUAUGCAUUUCUUAGGAUGAAGCACUGUAUAAUCGUUCAAGACUUAUUUUUGAUUUAUAUAUAUUGAUUAACUUGCUGUGAAUAUCAGAAUUGCAUAUUGUACACAGUUUGAGUGCAUCUGACUAAACAAAAAUGCAAUAAACCCUAAAACCAC